AUGACGAUUGCAUUGUCGGUAAAGAACAAGCUAGGUUUCAUCAACGGUACAAUUGUACGACCUUCAGGUGAUAUCACUCUACUUAAUGCCUGGAUCCGGAGCAAAAAUAUUGUCAUUUCAUGGAUCUUAAACUCUGUUUCUAAAGAAAUUUCUACAAGUUUGAUAUAUUCAGAAUCUGCGUUUGAUAUAUGGAAUGAUCUUAAAGAUAGAUUUCAACAAAGUAAUGGUCCUAGAAUAUUUCAAUUGAGACGUGAGAUGAUGAACUUAAAUCAAGGUCAAUUAUCUGUAAGUGCAUAUUUCACUAGACUUAAGGCUGUCUGGGAUGAGUUAAACAAUUUUAGACCUAUAUGCACAUGUGGAAAGUGUUCUUGUGGGGGUACAAAGUCACUUGCAGAUCAUUAUCAUAUGGAAUAUGUAAUGUCUUUUUUAAUGGGCCUGAAUGACUCAUAUGCUCAAAUCCGUGGUCAAUUGCUUCUUAUGGAUCCUUUACCUCUCAUAAAAAAGGUUUUUGCCUUAAUAUCUCAAGAAGAAAAUAAAAGAGCAGUGUUGAAUGGUAAUGGAAAUGAUUCAGCCUUAUUUUCAGUAAAACAUGAAGCGACUAGGUCUAACUUUAGUAAGUCUCAACGGAAAGAAAGAUCUGUAUGUACUCAUUGUGGUUAUAAUGGGCACACAAUUGAGAAAUGCUAUAAGCUUCAUGGAUAUCCUCCGGGAUACAAACCUAGGCAAAGGAACAAUAUGAAUCAGUCAAAGUCUAAUCAAAUCAAUUCUACCAUUAAUCAGGUGAACGGUGAUGGCACUAAUCAAGUUGAGAGUCAAGACAUGGGCAAUUUUAUGCAGUCUUUGACUCCCACACAGUACCAAAAUCUGCUAAGUAUGUUGAGUACUCACCUGUCUGAUGUUAAGAUUGAUGCGGAUGCUUCAAAAACUCCUGAUCAGGCGUCAGGUAUAUGUCUUUCAACAAAUAUUGCUUCCAGCCUAGGUUGCCCUAGGUUUUGGAUAAUAGACUCAGGGGCUACAAGUCAUAUAUGUUAUGAUUGUUCAUCUUUUCAUCAAUUAAGGCCUAUUCAAAAUGCAUUUGUGACCUUACCUGAUCAUCGACGGUUUUCUGUCUCUUUUAUUGGAAAUGUGAAGUUGUCUCCUUACAUAUUGCUAGAGAAUGUUCUCUACAUUCCUCAAUUCAAAUUUAAUCUGAUAUCAGUAAGUGCUUUGGCGGCACACUCAUCUUUAUAUUUCAGAUUCUUAUCUGAUUCAUGUAUUAUUCAGGAUCUCUGUCAUUCGAGGAUGAUUGGCAAGGCUGAACACAUGAAUGGUUUGUAUGUGAUUGACUCUGAUUCACUUGUCUUUGAUAAGCAAUCUGAUGAUAGGUUGUGUAAUUCUGAUGAAAUAGUAGCACAUGUUGUUAGUAAAGACAUUUGGCAUAACAGGCUAGGUCAUCUAGCUUUUGAAAAACUGGAUAUGUUGAGUGAAUUGUUGAAUUUUCCAAAUAAUAAAAGGGCCACGGUUCCUUGUUCAAUAUGUCCAUUGGCAAAAUAG